AUGGAUGCGGAUUCGGAAUGCCAGAAACGUCGCAAUGGACACCUCGUGUCUGUGUCCACUCAGUCUGAGGGCUACUUCGUGGGCUCCCUCAUCAAGAACAGUGGGACAGCACCCUCUCUUGUCUGGAUUGGACUCCAUGACAACACAGAGACUAAACCCAAUGCAGGUGGAUGGGAGUGGAGUAAUGGCGAUGUGUUGAACUAUGAGGCCUGGGAGAAAGGAGUCCCUACCAAAUCCGGGUACUGUGGGGCUGUUCUAAGCCACACAGGCUAUGAAAAAUGGCAAAAUUAUGACUGUCUGUUUGUACUGCCAUACGUCUGCAAGUUUGAGAGCUAA